UACCUAAGUUCUGGUCACUUCAGAGAAAUGGAGCACCCCCUUCUCCCUGGUCCAGGUGUGGACAGCCUGGCACACUGAGCACACCUGGCAUGGCUGGUGCUGCUGGUUGCCCAGCCCCUGGCCCUAGGAGACCCUGCGGCGACCAAGGGUCCCAGCAGGCCAUGCAGCUGUGCCAAGGCGCCUCCAGCAUGGCGGCGGCCGAGGUGCCCGGCUACCUCGUGUCCCCGCAGGCGGAGAAGCACCGGCGGGCCCGCAACUGGACGGACGCCGAGAUGCGCGGCCUCAUGCUGGUCUGGGAGGAGUUCUUCGACGAGCUCAAGCAGACCAAGCGCAACGCCAAGGUGUACGAGAAGAUGGCCAGCAAGCUCUUCGAGAUGACCGGCGAGCGCAGGCUGGGCGAGGAGAUCAAGAUCAAGAUCACCAACAUGACCUUCCAGUACAGGAAAUUAAAAUGCAUGACAGAUAGCGAGUCCGCCCCGCCCGACUGGCCCUAUUACCUAGCCAUUGAUGGGAUUCUGGCCAAGGUCCCCGAGUCCUGUGAUGGCAGACUGCCGGACAGCCAGCCGCCGGGGCCCUCCACGUCCCAGACCGAGGCGUCCCUGUCGCCGCCCGCUAAGUCCACCCCUCUGUACUUCCCGUAUAACCAGUGCUCCUAUGAAGGCCGCUUCGAGGAUGACCGCUCCGACAGCUCCUCCAGCUUACUGUCCCUUAAGUUCAGGUCGGAAGAGCGGCCGGUGAAGAAGCGCAAGGUGCAGAGCUGCCACCUGCAGAAGAAGCAGCUGCGACUGCUGGAGGCCAUGGUGGAGGAGCAGCGCCGGCUGAGCCGCGCCGUGGAGGAGACCUGCCGCGAGGUGCGCCGCGUGCUGGACCAGCAGCACAUCCUGCAGGUGCAGAGCCUGCAGCUGCAGGAGCGCAUGAUGAGUCUGCUGGAGAGGAUCAUCACCAAGUCCAGCGUCUAG